AUGGGCAGCAAGCAGACGGUCUUCACUCACGAGCAGCUGGAAGCGUAUCAGGACUGCACGUUCUUCACGAGGAAGGAGAUCAUGAGCGUGUGGGGUCACUUCGGCCAUCACGAUCGGGUUACUGAUGGGGAAACUGAGGCUGACCCCAAGCCCGGGCGGGCAGAGACAGUCCUUAGUGGCUUGGAGACCUCAGCAGCAACGGUCCCCACGGGGCUGCUGCUCAGCGUGCCCCAGUGGAGGCACGGCGUCACCAGGGUCUUCUACCGCUACCAGGACCUGGCCCCCCAGCUCGUCCCACUGGAUUACACCAGCCGCCCCGACGUGAGGGUGCCCUACGAGCUCAUCGGCAGCAUGCCCGAGCUGAAGGACAACCCCUUCCGCCAGAGGAUCGCCCAGGUCUUCUCGGAGGACGGAGAUGGCCACAUGACUCUGGACAACUUCCUAGACAUGUUUUCUGUCAUGAGCGAGAUGGCUCCCCGUGACCUCAAGGCCUAUUACGCUUUCAAAAUUUAUGACUUCAACGAGGACGACUACAUCUGCGCCUGGGACCUGGGGCAGACGGUGACCAGGCUGACCCGCGGGGAGCUCAGCGCAGAGGAGGUGGCCCUGGUGUGCGACAAGGUGCUGGACGAGGCCGACAGUGACCAGGACGGGCGCCUGUCCUUGGAAGACUUCCAGAACAUGAUCUUGCGGGCGCCUGACUUCCUCAGCACCUUCCACAUCCGCAUCUGAAGGGGCCGCGGACGACAGGCCGGUGGAGCCACAGAAGGGGCGGGCGGACCCCUGGCCCCACCGCGGGGCCUCCACUCGGGGAAUAAACGCAGUCGCUGGCUCACACCUCCUUCGGGGCUCGCAUUUUCCCACUUUAAAACUGGCAGGCGGGAGGGAGGAGGCCUGGAAUCUUGCAUUUGCCUGCUGCUGUGUGGCGCCCGGUGUGGCCACACCCUCUCUGGGCCUCGGGGGUCUGCGUGUUUGUGCGAGGAAGAGAGCUGACUC